GAUUUCAAGAUUUGUCUUAUCACAGAUAAAUAAGAUAGAACUACUGGUAAAAAUAAUAGUGUGAUGGUUUGCCCUAAUAAAAUCAAGUCGGUUGUGAGUGUCCAGGAUGUGUCACUUGGUAAUUGGCUGAGUCGCAUCGAAAACUUCACUGUGGGAAAUUAUGAAGUUUGAACAACUUUCAACCUCCUAAAAAUGACGAAUAUUUACGUCAAGAAAAUCGUGGAGGAUCAGGAAAAGGCGCGAAAAGUGGCUGAAGAAAAAUGCAUUUCGAUGUUUGGACCAGGAGUGUUGCAGGAAUUCGCUGAACCAAUUUAUAACGAAACUGAGAAAACUCUGAGAUGUCCAGCGUUUUGGGAUACUGUUCUUUGUUGGCCUGACACUCCCUCCGGUGCUGUCAUAAACCAGUCGUGUCCCAGCUAUGUCGCUGGUUUUCUUGCGUCGAGCAAUGCAACUCGUCAAUGUAUGGAAAAUGGUAGUUGGUAUAUAAAGGAUAACAGGACGUGGACCAAUUACAGCAGUUGUUAUAAAGAUAAAAUUACCACAAUUUACCUUGAUUUGAAUAAGACAAACAUAUCAGGGGUUCUACAGAAAUACGCCCCAGUCGUCCAAGUCAUAUCAGAAACGGGCUACAUAGUCUCCUUUGCCACCCUCAUUAUCGCAUUUGCUAUCAUGUUGUUCAUCAAGAAACUCCAUUGUGCCCGAAACAUUCUCCACAUGCAUCUCUUCGCCUCCUUCAUUCUCCGCGCCCUCACAUUCAUCGUAAUCAAAAGCACUUUCGUCGAAGGUCUUGGUUUACCUUCGGAUCUCAAUUACCGGAACGGCUCUCUAUACUUCGAUAUAAAUUCCGAGACCAAUAACUGGGCUUGUAAACUACUGACGAGUCUGUGGCAGUAUUUUAUCACAGCUAAUUACUCAUGGAUCUUAAUGGAAGGCUUGUAUUUGCACAACUUGAUCUUCAGGGCACUUUUUGCAGACUCUAGUAAUAGCAUUAGGUGGUAUGUCGUGAUGGGAUGGGGACUACCAUUGAUUAUUAUCGGGUUUUGGGUCGCUGCGCGACUUUUAGUGGAGGAUAAUCUGUGUUGGACCACCCAUGMAAACUACGACGUGUUUUUGAUCAUUGGAAUACCCACCAUGGUGUCCAUUUUGAUCAAUUUAUUGUUGUUUAUGAGGAUCUCGAUGGUACUUUACAGCAAACUACGAUCACCAAUCAAUGAAGACUCCCGGAGGUACCAAAAGUGGGUCAAAUCAACCCUAGUCCUAGUACCCUUAUUCGGCGUCCAUUAUGCACUAUUCCUAGCACUGUACUAUCUGAUCAAAACGAACAAAAUAGUGGAAGUGGUUUGGCUAUUCUGCGACUUGUUGUUUGGCAGUUUUCAGGGCUUCUUUGUGGCCAUUCUUUACUGCUUCCUCAACGGCGAGGUCAAGUCAGAAAUCCAGCCACACCUCUACUACUUUUUGACAUAUCUCGCCACUAACAAAUACUCCAAGUGCUUGUUUCCUUGCCGAAAGAAGUUCCUAAGAUCAGUUGUGGGCAGGUCGUCAGUUUGCACGACUAUGUCUUGUAGCUCUCUCUACACCAAUGGUGUUUUGCACCGCAACAGCAAAUGUCGGCUGGAUUCGCUUCCAAAAAACAAGMCCACUGAUAAGCCGAAAGAUCACUUUUGUAAUAAUCCGUCGAGGAGGAAUUCCAGGUCGCAGCGACAUUCCCAAGCUUUCAAUUCGUCGGCAACCAUUCCAACAGCCGAAACGACACUAUGCAUCGAACACAACUCUGGGAAAUGUCGCUCCGAGUCGGAAAUCAACGAAGAAAGUCUCAAAAUGGUGGUGCACAGUGACUUCUAAAGUUACUUUUUGUUUGUGAUAUCCGUCGAUGUCGAUCAAAUURUUUGAUGUACAUCAUGUUCUUUUCAUUCGUUCUAGUCGGUUCCGAAACCGGAAACGUGUUGUAUUUUUGUAUGCAAGACUGCUAAGAUGUUAAGUGUGAUGUUUCAAGGUACAUUGUCACAUGUAUGAUUUUGAAAUAAAAUGUUUCAUCUUA